ACGGAAGAUCGUUCAGGAUCCUCUCUGUCUCUCUCUCUCUCGGCAAUUCUGUCUGUUGGUUGCUGUUUAUUUUCUUGGAACUUCUCAAGCAUGGACGUCGGGUUGAUUUCUGGUUCUCCGCUGUGGAUGCUCUCCUAACGUCUCUGUCGUGACUUCUCCUUCGGUUGUGUUUGGAAGAAGAAACAACUGGUUGAUUCUCUCUGGAACUUUUGUGGUGGAAUUCUAAUUUAAGCAAUGGACCAAGGUUUGGAUUCGGAGUCUGUUCAUAUGUCUGAGCCCUUUGACAGGUCCAGGAUUUUGAAUGCUAAGCCCUUACGAUGUCUUGUUCCAAUCUUUCUAUCGCCCCCCGGCCCUGGCAUGCCCUCAGUUUCACCUCCUCAAUCUGCUCCCUUUAUGUGUGCCCCCCCAAAGGGUCCUUUACCACCUGGGCUUGCUUCAUUUUAUCCAUUUUUCCUUCCAACUGAACCCCAAAGUUUGGCAGCUGAUGAAAACCUGCAAACUCCAUUUGGUGUACCCAAUUCUGCAGUGCCUUGUGGGUUUAAGAAUUCAGUACAGUCACCUGUUCCCAUAACUUCAAUUAGAGCACCGAUGCCUCAUGCAUCUGGAGCUGUAAAUGGAGACACUGGGCCAUCUAGGCAUUCAAGAGAUCGCACAGCUGGUAUUCAGACACAACCCCAAGGUGCAGUUGCAAAUGAAGAUGGCUAUAGUGAUUCCCCAAAUCAAAGUGAUCAAUAUUUGAACAGUUUCAAUAUGCAUGCUACUGAUGCAGUGGACACCAGCAGGGCAGGAAGGAGAAGGGGGAAUUACCGGAAAAGGACUAAGAGUGACCAAGCCACUCAUGAUGUUGAUAUUGACUUGGUAGCAAAUAAAUUUUUAACAUCAUUCAAUCUUACGGGAUUUGAUACAAUUGGACAAGCUGAUGGUGAUAGUGAGUUGGUCAGGUAUGUACUUAUGAUAUAUAAUCUGCUGAGGAGGAGGAUUUCUCAAAUUGAAGAUGUAAAAGAGGCAACUUCUGGGAUUGCGAGACGCCCGGACUUAAAGUCUGGGACAAUUUUGAUGACUAAAGGGAUUCGAACAAACAGCUCAAAGAGGGUUGGAGCAGUUCCCGGGGUUGAAGUUGGGGAUAUUUUCUUUUUCAGGAUGGAAAUGUGCUUGGUGGGUUUGCAUGCACCGUCAAUGGCUGGAAUUGAUUAUAUGAGUCUCAAGGUUCGUCAAGAUGAAGACCCUAUGGCUGUUAGUGUCGUUUCAUCUGGAGGAUAUGAGGAUGAUGCUGAGGGUGAGGAUGUUUUAAUUUACAGUGGCCAAGGUGGGACUAACAGGAAAGAUAAACACACAAUGGAUCAGAAACUUGAAAGGGGUAAUCUUGCUCUGGAGAAGAGCUUGCGUCGGGGUAACGAGGUAAGAGUGAUUCGGGGUAUGAAGGAUAUGGUGAGUCAAACUGGGAAGAUAUAUCUCUAUGAUGGCCUCUACAAAGUCCAGGAUUCAUGGAUUGAGAAAGGGAAGUCUGGUUGCAGUGUGUUUAAGUAUAAAUUGGCUAGAGCUCCUGGCCAGUCUGAAGCAUUUAGAAUGUGGAAAACAAUUCAGCAAUGGAAGGAAGGCAUGACUUCUAGGGUUGGGGUUAUCCUCCCAGACCUUACUUCAGGUGCAGAAAACUUGCCUGUUUCUCUUGUGAAUGAUGUAGAUGAUGAAAAGGGACCUGAUUAUUUCACGUAUUUUCCCUGUCUCAAGUAUUCAAAACCAGUUCUUUCACUGCAAUCGUCUUCAAGAUGUACUUGCAAGGAUGGAUGUCAAACUGGUGUAAACUGCUCUUGCAUUCAAAAAAAUGGAGGGGCUCUCCCAUAUACUUCUCUAGGGGUCCUUCUGAGUUAUAAAUCCUUAAUUUAUGAGUGUGGUGCUUCCUGCAUGUGUCCUCCUACCUGCCGGAACCGAAUAUCCCAUACAGGUUUCAAGGUCCAUCUUGAGGUGUUCAGGACAAAGAAUAGAGGUUGGGGUCUGAGGUCUUUGGAUCCUAUCCGUUCAGGAAAUUUUAUCUGUGAGUUUGCAGGAGAAGUUGUCACAAAAUCUAUGGGAGGGGAGUUUCUGAUUGAAAAUGAGGAUAACUACAUUUUUGAUGCAACUCGCACCCAUGAACCACGAGAGCUUAUGCCAGCAAAUUCUGAUGAAUCUCCAAAAAUCCCUUUCCCCCUUGUUAUAAGUGCAAAAACUGGGGGCAACGUCGCUCGAUUUAUAAAUCACAGUUGCACUCCAAAUGUCUAUUGGCAGCCUGUUAUCCGAGAAAGCAAUAAUGGCUCUUAUGUCCAUAUUGCUUUCUUUGCAAUUAAUCAUAUUCCUCCUAUGAAAGAGUUGACAUAUGAUUAUGGGAUUGUUCAGUCUGGCAAAGCGGAGCAGAGAAAGAAAAAAUGCCUAUGUGGAUCAUCAAAGUGCAGGGGUCAUUUUUAUUAAUGAACUCAAAGGGGGAUGGUCAGAUGGUGCCAGCUAAUUGAAGCCCCUUUCACAAGGUGUGAACAGGACUGAACCCAGCAAUGAGAUCUUCGUUUCCUUUGGCAAAUUGGUGUUGAUGGCGCUUCACGGUCUCCCAUGACUUGAGUCUACGACCACAGAUGCCAGAAGACUGUCCAACCACUGUCCCUAUGGUUGAAUCCUUGAGCUCUGCGGCCAUCCUCAAACUUGAGGAUGAGUUUUUGCCCCACCAGGGGAGAAUGAUAGGAAUAUUUGAGUUUGAUUUUAAAUAAGAUUUAGAUUAUAUUUCAGUUUGUGUAAAGAUUUAGAUUGUAUUUCAAUUUUGUUAGAUAUUUUAUUUUUGGUUAGCCAUUUGGUUUUAUUUUCAGUUAUAUUAGAGUUAUCUUGUAGAGAGGUUACUGUUAUCUUUUAGAUAGUUAUCCUUAAUUGCCUAUAAAUAGGCAACACAUUGUAACUUUCUUUUUCCCCUUUUGUGAUUGAAAUAUAUUUUAUCUUUUCUUCUUCUUCUCAACUUCUUCUCUUCUCCCUGUUUCUUUUUCAUCUUUUCUUAUUUCUCUCUCUUUUCUUCUUCCCCCAUUUUCUGCAAUUUGAUUGCGCUUCCGCACAAUUUCUUGUGCUUGUUCUUGUCCUUGAUGGAGAUGUACUACAUAAAUCGGAGAGCUUGGUUCCAAUUCAGAGAAUGGCAAUUAUCAUUCUGCAACUUUUUGAUCAUGGUGCUUUUCCACCCUUCUUUCUUCUUUGGAUAGAUUGAUUCAUUCUUCCAUCAAUCCCAUCUUAGAUUCUCCUGUGUUUUACAUGUUUGAUUAGCUUCUCAGUAAUUGGUUCUCAUUGAUACCAACCAUUUAGACACAAGAAUGCUUAGGGGUUGUUUAGUUGUGG